AUGUAUGAUAAAUCCAGUGAUGGUACCAAAGUCCACGAAGAAGGCGAAGUCCUCCCAGGCGCGAAACCAGAGGAAGGUUUAGAAAAAGUACAAGGUGGAUUCGAAUUCAAUUCUCCUGAUGGACAACAUUUCGUCUACAGUUACACCGCCGACGAAAAUGGAUACGUACCACAAGGUGAUGGUAUACCGGAAAUUCCUGCUGCUAUCGUGAAGUCUUUGGAAUGGAACGCUGCUCAUCCAGAAAAGCUCCACGAAGAAGGCGAAGUCCUCCCAGGCGUGAAACCAGAGGAAAGUUUAGAAAAAGUACAAGGUGGAUUCGAAUUCAAUUCUCCUGAAGGACAACAUUUCGUCUACAGUUACACCGCCGACGAAAAUGGAUACGUGCCACAAGGUGAUGGUAUUUCGGAAAUUCCUGCUGCCAUCGUGAAGUCUUUGGAAUGGAAUGCUGCUCAUCCAGAAAAGCGUUAA